UCUGACAAUCAAAACACUGAACUGCUGCUUUCUCCAUCUUUCUUCUUAUAGGAUCUACUGAGUUAACAUCGCGAUGGCCGAACGAGUCCACCCGGCCGAUUCUCCACCCACCUCCGGCGAAUACCCAACUUCAAAAGCAGCAACUUCGUCCCCCGAGAAACCUGCUCCACAACCUGGAACUUACGUCAUCCAAAUUCCCAAGGACCAAAUCUACCGCGUCCCUUCUCCGGAUAACGCGCGCCGCUAUGAGCAUCUAUCCAAACGGAAGGCUCGUCGGAGUAGCUGUCGCAGCUGCUGUUUCUGCUUGUUGAUUACCGUCAUCGUCCUACUCCUCGUAUCCGCCAUUGCUGCCGCGGUGAUUUACUUCGUUUACAAGCCCGAGUCUCCAAAUUACUCCGUCGAGAACGUUGUCAUCAAGGGAUUCAACUUGAAUUCAUCAUCUCCGAUCUCUCCUGAAUUCGACAUCACCGUCCGGGCACACAACCCCAACGACAAAAUUGGCAUUUACUACGAUAAAGGCAGCUCCGUUGGAGUUUACUACGAAGACAUUAACCUCUGUAGAGGCGGGUUGCCAGCUUUUUACCAGCCGACGAAUAACGUAACGGUGUUCAAAACAGCUUUAAAGGGCUCUGCAAUUGAACUAACAAACGGCGCGCUUAGGGCUCUUUCCGACCAGCAAAACAAGAGAGCGGUGCCGUUUCGUUUGAAGCUGAGAGCGCCAGUUAAGAUCAAAGUGGGGUCCUUUAAGACGUGGAAAAUUACUGUUAAAGUGACGUGCAAGAUUACGGUGGACAGGUUAACGGCGGCGUCCAGGAUUGUAUCAAAGGAUUGCGAUUAUGGAGUUGAUCUCUGGUAAAGAUUGUAGCAAUUGGUACAGUUAGAGUGUUUGGUUGCAGGGAUAGUGCGCCAUGAAUGUAAUAUUUUAUUCUAUAUACAUAGUAGUGGCAUACAUGACA